CCCGGAAGUGGUUGCGAGAGGCGCAGAGCACGCCGGGACGCUCGCGGGUCCCCCGGGCGCUGUGGAAUUCGUCCGUCCCGCACCCGGACCUCCCGGUCAGCCCGCCCAGCUCGCUGUGUGACGUCGGCGGCAUCCAAUGAGCAGGGGGAUUUCGCCCUACCGCGCCCCUCCGCUGGCCAGGGAAACCAAUCGAGUUUCAGGAGAGACAGGACGCUCCAAGUCCCGAAAGAAGAGCGGGGGGUGGGAAGGAGUUGGCAGUGCCGUAGUAUAAUACUCUGCUGAGCGGGGAUUCCGAAGGCAGCGACAGCCUCAGUAAUUACGCCGCGGCCCAAAGGGGAGAACAGGACCGGAGGGACGCGCUGGAGCCUGUUUAUAUCCCUGUCUGGACCGCGCCAGGCGGGGAGGCUGAAGCCGAGGUGAACGGCCUCGGGCUUGCCGCAGCUGCGGAGAUAAAUGUUGGGAGUUGGACGGGGUGGGGGCUAGGGAAACGAGUUGGGGAUCGGUGGGAGGACGCACGAUGGGUUUCGUGUUUCCGACCUUUAGAAUUUAAAAGCCUGACCCAGGAGGACUUUGGCGUCUAGUUGUCAUAACAACCGGCUGACCGGCGGCAGGAAGGGGUGGGGGUCGGAGCUUUGGGCGGGGCUAACGGGCUGCAGCCAAGAAACGGACGUGGAGGCAGUCAGGAUUCGGAGGGAGCUGCUGUUUCGUGCAGCGUUUAGCGUAAACCUCGUCUGCUGGGUGAGCCAAGCUCCUCAACUUGGCGUUCAGGACCCUUCACGGUCUUGUCCGUUUGCACCGUAUAUUCCAGCAACUGAAAACUUCUUCCCACACAUGUUGGGCACUUUUCACUCUGAGCUCUUACGUGCUCUUCCCGCAGCCUGUAAUGCCUUUUCCUCCCCUAUUGCCUUGUCCUCCUGGAGAACUUAGAGUCUCUGGUAGUCCCCUUCACCUGGGUGAUUCUGUUGCCCUCUGACCUGACCUGCAGCCGGAGAACAUCCCGUGACGUAUAUACCAGAUAUGUCCCCACUCUGCUGUUCCCAGGUCAGGUGCACCAAGCUCCUGCCCCACUCCUGUGAGCACAGAAGAAGUAAGAAGCCCCCACUCACCUGCUGCUUUCCUGAUGGGAACCAGGGCUGGGGCAGGAGUGUUCUUUUCCCAUUUUAUGGUUACAGAGGGCUCUCAGGCUGCAAGUACUCUCCAGACACUGGCUCUGAAGUACCAUCACCCCACAUUUCUAAGCCCCCUUGACCCCUGAGGGACUGGGCCUUCUGUUAGACUCUGGGACGUGUUGCCUAAGUGCCUGGGUAUAAGGGGUUAAUUUGAGUGUCAACUCCAAAAAAAGUGUCCGCGGGACUCCAAAAUGUCUCUAGACUGUUCCUUUGUAAGGGGGCAGUAAAGAGUAGUGGGGCUUGAAAUCCCCUCUGACUUUGAUACAAAUUCUGUCUUUGUCUUUACUAAUGAUAUAAUCUCAGCCUAUAAAAUGUAGAUAAUAAUAGUGUCUGUUGUAUGGGAUAUACAUAGUUUACAAAUAUCUGUAUGUCAUAUACAUGUAUCAUUCUGUAUAUCAUCCAUAUACCUACACAUCAAGUACAUAUAUCAUUAUAUAUCAAUACAUAUAUCUAUAUAUUAUCAUAAAAUAUCACUAUGUACAUACAUUUGCAGGCUCCAUACUGCACUACACACACAUACACACUUGCACCCACACACACACACACACACAAUGCAGGGCACAGUGCCUGGCCCUCAGUAACAGGAACCUGCAGGCUAGAAGGAAGAAGGGGUGGGUGGUCUCCCAAUCUGUUUUCAUCCCCCAAGGCAAGGGAUGGUAUAUGCUUUGAAAAGGCAGCCCCCUGAGCUCUUGACCCUUUGCUCCUGGACCCUCUCACCUCACUCCAUGUCCUCCGCAAGGUUCCUUGGAUGAGGGCACACCGAGAAGCAUCCCAUGGCAUCCCAUGACAAAGAUGUGCGGCCCUUACUGCCCAAUCCCUGGGACGCCAUCCUUGAGGCCGUCAAGGAGCAGCUCCCAUCUCUGGACUCAGAUUCCUCCUCGUCAAACUGCGAGGAAGAGGAGCUGUUCAUCUUCCAGCGAAAUCAAACCGCCCUGAUUCCAGACUUGUCAGAAGAACUGGCCGAAGACCCUGACGGGGCCUGGGUCACUUCCUCUGGGUCUCCUCCUGAGCCAGCUGUAGUGCCUGUGGAAUCCGCCGGGGAACCCAGGGGAGAGUGGAACGCUGGGCCCCAGGCCCAGGAGUCAGUCUCUCUGGAAGGAAGGGCCCCUGGCAGGCCUUUGCAGAGCGGUGAUGAGAGCAGCUCUCUUCUCAGGAUACCUGUGGAGACCCCCACGUGGCAGGAUGACGAUGGGGACACAGCCUUCAACACCAGUACAUCACAGAGUCCUUGCCAGGGGCCACAGGGAGAGGCCACUCUCUCCUCUCAGGAAGCAGGCCUGCAGACAGAGCCCCCAGGCGCUGCCUCAUGGGCCCAGGAGGGCUCAGACUCUGCAAACCGCAGAGCCCUCCGGAGGGAGAGAAGGAAGAUGAUCGAGAAAGACAUACUUCACAAAGUCACCUGGGAUGCCCAGGACCCAGCCUGCCAAGACCUGAGUGGAGUGAAGGAGAUGCCCUGUGAUGCUGCGGAAACGCUGCCAGAGGGGCCCCAGCGGGGACCGCCCUUGCUCUCCCUCCAGCAACUUGAAGAGUGGGAUUUGGAUCAAGUCCUUCAGAGUCUGACAGGGCGAGAAGAACUGGGAGAUGGCGCUUCUGGAGCCGCGUGGUGGGCAGCAGACCACCUCCAGGGCCAAGACCAUGCCAAGCCAAGCACCCAGGACAGGCUCAUGGAACAACUCACCCUCCUAUGUGCCAUGCAGUCCAGAGCCUUUUCCUCUGCCUGGAGGGUGCCUUCUGACAUGCCCCAGGACAUCAAGCCGCAGGAGGCCGGAAGCAGAUGCGCUUCCAGGGAGCUGGGCUUCCAGGCGCUGGCCAUGGACACGCAGCUAAGGAGCCCAGCAGGGCCUCCCACCGUCUUCAUUGACCUGCGGCCGACAAAGCCAUCAGACCAUGGGCCCUCGGAAAGCUGCAGCUCCAGCUCCAGCUCCAACUCCCACUCCAGCUGCAGCUCCAGCUCCUCUGACAGCGAGGAGGGGGAAGAGGAGACAGCAGCUCAGCGAGACCAGCAGGGCCCAGCCAGGCUACGGGACUGCACGGGGAAGAGUCGGCUCCUCCAACAGCUCCGGGCAUUUCGGAAGGCAUCGGCUCAGCCCAAGCUGCCAGCUGGCAAGGGUCCCAGAAGCCAGAAGGCUCAGGCCCCUGGAGAUACGGCUGGAUCCAGCCCCGGGGGGAAGCAACAUGUAACACUCUGGGAUGAGAGACAGAGUGCCCAGGCCAGACCCCCAGGAGGAAGUCCCAGGGCCCUGGGGGACCCUCUUGGGCCAGGGACAGCCAGGGAGGCCCUGGUGCCUCCUCUGGGCCAAUUGUAGAUGCCUCCAGUAACGGAUCUGAAAAGGUGAAUAAUCUGAGGUGAAUAAAUAAAUCUGCCUUUCCAUCAACACCCGAGGCCCUGGUGGUCCCUUCGCUCUCCCGUCUCCAUCAGAAUGUGCCUUUGCAGCACAGGGACCCUCCAACUGAGGAUCUGCUGCCAGCCCUCUGCUAGAAUUCAGUCAGAACAUCUUCAUGCACUGAGAGCAAAGAUGCCAGUGCAAACUUGUAGGCGUAGCAUGACAAAUCAAAUGGCCCCAAAUCCUCUGAAAAUGGACCAGAAGGAAACACCGUGAAAACAACGGUUUUGUUCUGAUAGUGGGACCACGAGGCUUUUUCACCUUUUUCCAUUUCUGCGUUUUUUUCUCUUUAAUGUGCAUUUAUUAUUAUUAUUUCUUUUUAACUCCAAAACUUAAAACUCCUUUGGAGAAUUUCAGGAUUGAAAA